UUUAUUCAACGCGAAAAAUAUGACGACCUUUCCAAAGAAUUCUUUAGACCCUAACUCAGCAUUUUGUUGUCUGAAAGCUACAGAAAUAAAGCCCAACUUGUGUUUGUCUCAAUCGAUUGUUUCUGACUAAUGGUUUUGUCCAAGAGGUCAAAGCGUCAGGAUUUUUUUCGUCUUGCCGGUGGGUCGAAGUCCAAUUAUGUCGGAUAAUAUUCAGUUUAUCAAAUCACAAUCCAGUUAUCAAUCGAUACUGAGAUAUCUGAAUCCAUCAAGCAUGGUUACCUAUUUACAAAACACGUUAAAUUUUUGUAAAGAAAAUCCAACUCUGCCAUUUUUGGCUACUGCAAGUGUGGUUUAUUUGACUUAUUACCUGUUCAGUGUUGUGAAGAAACCAUUAAUAGCUUGUAAAGACAAAAGAUUAUGGAAUUUUUUAAACAAACACUGUCCAGUGGCUGCAGAGAAAUAUUGGCCAACAUUCUGGUGUUUCGAAUCCCGUGCUCAAACUAUCCUUCGGGUUUUACUUCAGUCAAAACCGUCAGUGCAAUAUAAAAGUGAAUUUAUUUAUACCGUAGAUGGAGGUCAAAUUAAAUUAGAUUGGGCAGAAAAUAAUGAAAAUAAAAGAUACACGGAGGAUAUUCGACCCACCGUAUUAUUACUACCAGGUUUAACAGGUAGCAGUAAUGAAUCAUAUAUAUUACACAUGGUAACAGAGGCUCAGAAUUUAGGUUAUAGAUGUGUUGUGUUUAAUAAUAGAGGUAUUGGUGGUUCCAGAUUGUUGACACCAAGAACAUAUUGUGCUGCCAACACAGAGGAUCUGACAUUUGUAGUGGAUCAUAUUAAAUCUAAAUAUCCUAAUGCACCCUUACUAGGAACUGGUGUUUCACUAGGAGGAAUGAUAUUAUUUAAUUAUUUAGCUAAAACGGGUAAAAAUUGUAAACUAGUUGCUGGUGUCUGUGUUUCCGUGGCGUGGAAUGUUUUUGAGUCGGUGCUAUCACUAGAACAACCACUCAAUCUCUUUCUGUUUAACAGAACUCUGGCGCAGACACUCACUGAAUUAGCUCGGAAAAACAUUGACAUGUUUGAACAUCAUUUUGAUAUGGAACAUGUUUUAAAGAGUUCUACUAUACGUGAAUUUGAUGAAAGAUUUACAGCUAAGAUGUUUGGUUAUCCAUCGUGGGAGGCUUAUUAUGAAGAAGCUUGUAUACAUCAAAAAGUUCACGCUGUUGAAGUUCCUGUUUUAUGUUUAAAUGCUUCAGAUGAUCCUUUCUCUCCAUCACAUGCUAUUCCAGUGAAUGAUGCCAAUAACCAUGACAACAUUGCACUAGUUGUAACAUCACAUGGUGGCCAUAUUGGAUUUUUAGAAGGCUUGUUUCCAAGACAUACAAAUUACAUGUAUCGAUGGUUCACACAAUUUGUAGAUUCAGUGUUUCAGCAUGGUGAUAAAGAACUCCAUGAUUGUGACAGCAAAAAUGUUGAAGAAAUUCCUCAAUGAAGAUAUUUUGUUGAAGUGAACUCUUAAAUUACUGAAGAAAGUUAAAACUUAAGUAAAGCUUAAAGUUACAGUCGUCAUUGAAGAUUGGAGGUUAAAUUAAAUUGUUUAGUUAAUGUAGAACAAAUUUAAGAGUAUAGUCCUCAAUGAAGAUUUGUGGUUAAAAUGAAUUUUUUAGUUAUUGAAAUUCCUUGAUGAAGAUAUUUUGUUAAAGUAAACUGUUAAAUUACUGAAGAAAUUAAAGCUUAAAGAUAUAGACCUCAUUGAAGAUUGGAAGUUGAAUUGAAUUGUUAAGUUAAUGAAGAACAAAUUUUUAUUACGAGUAUACCUAAAUGAAGAUUUGGGGUUAAAUUGAAUUGUAUAGUAGAUUUAAGAAGAAAGAUUUUUAACCCUGAAAAUAAGGUAGAAAAGGUUACCCUUGUUGUGGAACUUUCCUAUAGACAUACAACAAGCAGUACCGAUGAAACAAUGGUUACCACCAUUAUCAGUUCGUUAAUUAUUACUACAAUUACAAUAGAUUUUGUUGAUUAUGUUUUUAUCCUUGAUUCUGGCUUGUAGUACACUUUGACUGUAAACUAAAAACAAAAACAGUUUUUCUCAAGGAAUCGGACCCAUGCACUCUAUGUACAUGUAUGUGUUAGGAAUAGGUACAGUCAUUGUGUGAUUUCAAUUUUCAAUAUCUCACAUUAACAAUAGGAGCCUAGUAAAAUUGUAGCAUUCUAUAUGUGAACUACAAAAUACAAUUCAUAGCAUUGUAUGUGUGCAAAUUACAAAAUAUGAUUUAUAGCAUUCUAUGUGUGUGGAUUACAAGAUAUGAAUCAUGAUAUUCUUUGUGAAUUACAAAUGCAACUGUUGCAUUCUGUGUGAAUUACAAAAGGAGCAGUUUAUAUGUCUUAAUUUAAAAGUAAAAUUUGGAGAAUUAAAAGGAAGUAAAUAUAUAUUAAAACGAGCUCAACUAUGCAAAUAUUUUCAAAAACAGUAUUUUAUAGAGGUAUAUUAUAAAAUGAGAAUUUGGUUAGCUUAGGAUUUUUUAAGAAUAGCUUUUGACAAAAGUGAGACUCUCACUUUAAUUUUUAGAUUAUAGAUAUUUUAACAUUAAUUAACAUGUCCUUUGACUUACGAGACGACCUGCAAGCCAGAUGGUUCACAAAUAUUUGAAAAUAAGACGUUUAUUAUGAUUUAAUUAAGAAUAUCUGGAGACUGAAAAGAAAAAAUAUAUGAAGUAUGGGCUUUCUUGAAAACAUAGAUAGCAGAAUUAUUAUUAUAUUAUGUACUUUGAUAUUACUAAUAAUAAUUAAUGAUAAUAUUUGUCUUACAUGUAUUAUAGUGCUGGAUGUCUAAACAAGUGGCUCGACCUAAGACAAAUAAAUAAAGCUCCGUAAAGUUUAUAUAAACUAAUAAUGUUAUAACUUACAGGAAAGAUAGAAUUACGGUACAGGCAAGUUUGAAUUAAUUAAUUUUGAGGAAAAAAAUUAAUUUUGUAAGCUUAUAAUCACAAUAUGUAGCUGAACAAUAUUCAUGACAAGUUUGCAGUGUUAUAUUAGUUUAAGAACUGUUUCUCAUUUCUAGUGUUAUUUAGAAUGUCAGAGAUUUUUAUUAUUGGUUUAUUAUAGAAUGUUAGAGAUUUUUAUUAUGAUGAUGAUGAUAUUAUAUGGGUUUAUAUAGUUGUUGUUAAGGGCAGAUCCAAGUGCUUUAGGUUUGGCCAGGGGAUUUGAUGCCUCCUUACAAAUGACAAUUACACUGUGGCAACUACAAAACUAAAAUAUUGAUUUGUCAUUUAGAUGGGCAUAGUCAAAAAAUAACUUCACAUCAGUUUGCUUGGGAUAAAAAUAUGUACCUUUUUAAAGGGAUAGCCCCACCUUACCCCAGGUGCAAAAAUUAUUGAAUCUGCAAUUAGUUGUCUUUGUAUUGACAUGUAAAUUAGAAUUUGUAUGAAUAUUCCAUUAGAAUUUGAACAUCAUCAAUUUUUAAAUACAUAUAUACAAUUUAAUGUAACUAACUUUUCAGGUUUAGUUUUUUAUAUUUUAAGAUAAUAUACAAAUGUUCUCCACAUUUUCAGCACAUCUUUCUUGUUGAGAAAAUAAGCACUUUGUAUCUCUCAAAUCAAGAAACUUCAUGCAUUUGAUUUGUUUUCAUAUUUCAUGGUUUGCUGGUUGACUUAAUAUGUGUGUUUUGUGCAAUAUUUAUUUAGCAUCUGAAUCACAUUACGAAGUUAGAGAACAUUAAUUUAUGUAUAAAUCAUGUAGCAUUAUGUCCCUUUUUUGUGAUAUUUUUAGCAUUUGAACCACAAGUUAGAUAGGAAUAACUUUCAAAUCAUGCACUUACAUAUUUUAGAACACACCUGACAAUAAUUUUGUCAUUUCACUACGAUUGUAAAGUAUGGUACCUACAGUUAAAGCGAUAAAUGGGGAUUGAGAAGGUUUAAAAUUAAACAGAUGCAAGUUGGUCACGGAUUGUAAUAUAUAGAAUUAUUUCUCUUAUUCUUAAUGUGAUAUUUAGCAUUUGAAUUGCACUACAAAGUCAGCAAGUACCAAAUUUUAAAUCGUGCAGAGUUACAUCCCUUUUUAUAUUUGACAUUUAGCAUUUGAAUCACAAAACAAAGAUAGAGUGCAUUAAACUUUUAAUUGACUCGUGAUAUAAACAUAUAGUGGGCUUUCAUUCUAGCAUUUUACAUAAUAAUAUUUUCAUUUUACAUGUUUCUUCACCAUUAUCCUUCACUAUUAAUCUUUAACAAAUUGUGUUCUUUCAUUUUUUUUAUUUUAUUUUAUUUAUUUAUGAACACUGACUAGUUAAAAUAUAAAGAAUUUAAACAAU